CCAUGGCUCCUUAUCACCGUGAUUUUGGCUUCACCACCGAAGUCCAAAGGUGCUGAGCUUGAUAGUCGACAGCAGCACUUCCCUGGUCGUUAGAUAUAUCAUUGUCAGUCGCUUAGCGGUUUUGGUCAUCAUCAGAUCAGGGCGCAACUCCACAAUUCCCCAGCUUUUGCUUCUCGUUUCUCCCGCCGUUCCGUUUCCUCCGAUUUUCUAUGGCGACGCCGAAUCCAAAAACAACGUUGUAUGUUGGAGGGCUGGAGGAAAACGUGACCGAGUCGAUUCUGCACGCCGCUUUCAUCCCGUUCGGCGACAUCAAGGACAUCAACAUCCCCAUUGAUCAGACUACGCAGAAGCACCGCGGGUUCGGCUUCCUGACGUACAUGGAGAAGGAGGACGCGGCGGCCGCGAUGGACAACAUGCACAACGGCGAGCUGUACGGGCGAGUGCUCACUGUGAACAUCGCGCAGCCCAUGAAGAUCAAGGGCGGCGAGCAGGGCUGGGCGUCGCAACCAGUGUGGGCGGAUGCAGACACGUGGUUUGAGCGCCAGCAGCAGGAGGAGGAGAUCCAACGAAUGAACAAGGAGCAGAAAGCCGCUGCUGCAGCUGCUGCCAAUGCGCCCAAGGGUGCUGCUGCUGCUGCUGACAGAAGCAUGGAGGAGGAAGAGGAGGGAGAUGCUGGGCCUGGGGCAGUGGACCCCAUGGCUGCUGCUGAAGCUGAGGCUUUGAACAAGCCAUAACACAAGGUCGCAUUUGUUUUGCAUUGUCUUUAUUACUGGUAGGUGUUAGCAAAGCUGGAUGUGUUCCAUUGUAACAGACUCCAAAAAAUGCUCUUACUCUAGUAAAGAGACGUUGUGGCU